UUCGCCCGCAACAACACGAGCAAUAGGUGCAUCGGAUUACAGCUCUCCAUUCCCAUUUGUGAUGGCCGUUUCAUUUCACAUUUUACCGCACCGGGCAACUUAUUCACCGUAGGUACCGUACCGGCUUGGCAUCGCAGAAUUGCGGGGUGUCUUUGGUGAGUGAUGGUAGUACUGUCAAUCUACGAGGAAGUGUGUACACAGUGGUGACGCACAUGUUGGGUGAGCGGGGAAGUUUGGUUCUCAGGUUCAUAAGCCAGGCUUUUAUUACGCUGUGGGAUUUUAUUUUCUUCUGCAGUUCUGCUUCAGUUUCUUGGGUCCUCAGAUACUUGCCAUUGAGGAUGGAGAUACCAAACUGUUCUUCAGAGUCCUCUAGUACCGAAGUAGCAUCUCUUGUCAAGAAGGCAAUUGACCUCGCAGAAUCUGAUCAUAAUUCAUCAGAAUUUCUGGAUGGUUCUGAUGAGGAUAUAGAAACAGAUAAUGUGGAGCCAAAUGAUAUAAAACUUGCAAAUGAUCAUGAAAAUCCUGUGAAACAUGUUGGUCAUCAAAGGAAUACAGUGAAUCCACGAUGGCAACUAACAGGCAAUCAUAUAACACCAGAUCAGGUGUCUGAUAUUGAGAAAGAACUGGACUUCUAUGAGAAGAUUGCACUUGUCUUUUUACUUUAUGAUAAUGAAGACCUCGCUCUUCAGAGAAUAAAAGUUGCUAAGCAGUCCUAUAGAAUUGGGCUAAUCUCUGAUUGGGCCAGGUUGGAAAGCAGCACCAAUCCACAUUGGCAUGACAAAUUUUUAGAAGCUUUAUGUAUUAUUCAGAAUUAUAAAUUGAUUCGGAAGUUGGGAUUUUCUCGAUCAGAUGUUGAUCUGAGAUUUCUUCCGGACAACAAUGAAACUUCAGUAUAUGUGCAUAUUGUUCGCAAGGCUCUGUACAUUUUGUGUGAGUCACUUGAUGGAAGUCAAUCAGUCCAACUCUUAAAUCACUUGAAAAGGAAGUUAGUGGAAUCUGGACAUGCACCAGAAGAUUUGUGGGCCUUCGAUCCAGAUUUAUUGGAGAUAGCGCUAUUGCAGAUGAUGUCACUGCGGUUCCUGAAUGUUGGCAGCUGCACAGACACAGAUGCAGCUGGGCUUGUGUAUGGUUUAAAAGCUGUUGGUGCCCCUGAACUGGCUGAAAAUUUUCAGUCACUAUGUUCAAGGAAAGGUGAAGAGUCAUUGUCAACUGCCAGUGAAAUGAGUUUUAAGAGUUCGUCUACCAGCCCCAGCAAAUUGAAGAAUGAAAUAUCUGCGGUGCCUUCAGUUUGUGAUGACGAUUUCCGAUAUUACAUUAACCCAAAGCAUGUUGGGAUGUGUUUAAUAAUAAACCAGAAAGUGUUUACAAGAGAUACGACUCCAGCAUCCCAGCAUCUCUUGCCAGAAGAGCCCCUGGAGACUCGUAUGGGUACAGAUCUCGACAGGGAUCGCCUGAUUGAAAUAUUUACGAAAUUAGGAUUUCUUGUGCUUGUUCGUGAGAAUCUUACAGAUGUAACAAUGGAGGCAGAGGUGAAGACCAUUGCCAAUAAAGUCCUGCCAUAUCAUUCGUGUUUUGCUCUCUGCAUUCUGAGUCAUGGAAAGAAAAAUGUUGUUUAUGGCAGCAAUAGCUUACCAGUAUAUGUUGAUAAAAUAGAAAGUAUGCUGCAUGGCUCACAGUGUAAGCCAUUGUUUAGAAAACCCAAGAUUUUAAUCAUCCAAGCCUGCCAGGGUACCACUCGCCAACAAGCUGUUCCCUAUGAAGACAUUGUGAUGGAUGGACCUGCAUGUGUAAGGACUGCACCAGAAGUUGGUGAUAUGGUAACAUUUUGGUCAACUGUUCCAGGAUACGCUGCUUUCCGGGAUAAGGUUCACGGUUCAUGGUUCGUCAAAUCACUGUGGAACGAAAUGAUGAGUGAAGGAACCCAAAGGGAUCUUGCGAAAAUAUUCACUCGUGUUAUUGGUAGAGUGAGUGACCGCCAUGCUAAUAUGGAUGGUGAAAGAAAAGCCAUGAUGCCAACAUUCAAUUCUACCUUACGUCGCGAUUUAAUAUUUCCUUGUCUACCUAAGUCUUAUGCUGAAGCUGCACACAAAGUAGUAGAAAGAAUUAUGUAUUACAAGCUAAUUGAUGAAUUUGCCAACUUUUAUUUGGCAAAGAGGCGACGACAAAUGUUUCAUUGAAAAAGUACUUCUGACAUUGUUAGGCCACAAUCGUAUCUGGCCAAAAACUGCUAAGAGGUGCUGAUACGGUCUUUGGGAAACAGUUGUUACCUUAAUUUUAUGGCUGUGAAGAAUUACAUUUUGAGAUGGAAAUUAUUUUUUUAUCUUUGUACACUUUCUCUUCUGUAUUUGAAAUAAUGUUGUGAUCAUAAACAUUCGUUUGUGAA